GUCGCUCGCAAGUGUGCAGUGGGGAGGGGAGAUAGCAGCAGAUGGAGCGCGCGGCUCCCGAUAGAUAAACUUUCCACAUGACCGCGUUCACUCGGUUGCCAUGAGCGAGAGGGCUGAGCGGAUCGGGAUCUGCGCUCUUGACACAUGGGCGCCGUAGGCUCAGCAAAGCGCAGCCGCUCGCCGCCGCCGAGGAGGAGCGUCCCAACUCAAUGUUUGGUACAGCUGCGGGACGUUGCCUCCCACCGGUGACGUUUGCCACGUACUGAGGCCACUCACUUGCAGAGGGCACCUGAGGGCUACUCACAUUCUCUAUGGUGAAGAUGAGUGUGGACCCCGCGAAGGCCAAGGACCUCCAAAUUUGCGCCUCUUCCAAUGGAGAGAAGGGAGACUCGUGGGAGGAGACGGACGAGCUCCAAGAAGACCGCCCGGGACUCGCCGCCGCACCAAAACAGGUGACAGGCAGACGGGCCCGCAAGGUGGAAGGAGGCGUGUUCUUUCCCAAGCCCGAGAACGCCGUGACGAUCGCCGUGUCCACGCGGGUCCUGUUCCGAACGGAGCGGGAGCAGAAAGUGUUCGAGCGGCACGGCGUGGAGGAAUACCUGCGAUACCAAAUCCAACACGAGAACGAACCCUUCGCCCCGGGACCCGCUUUCCCGUUUGUCAAGGCUCUGGAAGCGGUAAACAGCCGUCUGCGCCAGCUGUACCCGCAAAGCGAAGAGCUGUUCGACAUCGUGCUGGUGACGUACAACCACGCUCACGUCGGGAUCCGCCUCAUCAACACCAUCAACCAUCACAAUCUUUUCAUUGAGCGCUUUUGCAUGACCGGCGGAAGCAGUCCGAUCGGCUACCUCGCGGCCUGGCACACCGACCUCUACCUGUCGGCCGACGCCCAAAAGGUCAGGGAGGCGCUGGCUGAAGGUAUCGCGGUGGCAACCGUGUUCAUGCCGGAGAAGCAGACGGAGGUGUCGGAGUCCCAGCUGAGGGUGGCGUUCGACGGCGACGCCGUUCUCUUCUCCGACGAAUCCGAGCGCAUCUUCAAGGCCCACGGACUGGACAAGUUCUUCGAACACGAGCGCCAAAACGAGGACACCCUGCUGGAUCAUGGUCCGCUGAAAGGUUUCCUGGAGGCCCUGGGGAAGCUCCAGAAGAAGUUUUACGCUAAAGGCCAGCGCCUGGACUGCCCCAUCCGCACCUACUUAGUGACGGCCCGAAGCGCGGCCAGCUCGGGCCUCCGGGCCCUGAAGACCCUCAGGGCCUGGGGGCUGGAGAUCGACGAGGCCUUGUUCCUGGCGGGGGCGCCCAAGGGCCCCAUGCUGGAGAAGAUCAGACCCCACAUCUACUUUGACGACCAGAUGUUUCACGUGGAGGGCGCGGCCGAGAUGGGCACCAUUGCGGCCCACGUGCCUUACGGCGUUGCGCAGAAGCGGCAAGCGGGGAAGUAGAUGAGAGGAGAGGAGAGGAGAGGCGGACAUGAACUUUUCCAUUUAAAAGUCUCGGCCAAUCCUUUUGCGGGUUAUGCAACCAACGGUCUUUUCCUCAUGUUAGUUUUUGCUGCUUUCAAGCCACGACGACAACGGAAGGUCAACGCCGAGGAUCAGGGAAUGCGAUCGACGCGGCCAAUAAAAUAAGCCGGCGCUACAAUAUGGACUGAUGAAAAGGUCGCAACAUGUGCAAUGAGCGUAUUUACGUUAGCAUCUGCUCGCUACGAGCACAUGACUGAUAACACUCCCCAAAAAAGCACUUUAGGUGCUUCGUGGGUUUUGUUUGAAUUUUUUUUUUCUGAAAAAUUUGUAUCAACUUAAAAUUAAUUGUACAACCACGGUUGCAUUUAACUUCCACUUUACACGGCGAAUGUAUGUCAUGUUAUGAUUACAGAGCCCCAAUCAAAUCCAGUUUUGCCUUUGAGUCGUAAGCACGCCGCUGGUGAGCACGUCGGCCUCACAGUGCGCGGGUUCGAUUCCAGCUCCGGCCUUCCUGUGUGGAAUUUGCAUGUUCUCCCCCCCACCCCCGCCGUGCCUUUGUGGCUUUUGUGGCGCGCGGCCUUCAGUUGAUUUUAACAACUGAAAAAAAGGCACGAGCGCCGUCUACCAUAAGGUGGCAGCACCGCAAUGCAAAUAAAUGUUCUGCAGAACGGUGGCCUCCA